UCUCCGAGCGAGAAAGAAUCCAUCGCGAGCCCAACUAGCGUGAGGACUCUGGCUCGCACAGCUGAAGAUCAACUCCCGUGAAGCGUGCGGAUUGAGUCCCAAAUUCUGAAAUUUCUCCUUCACUCUACCCAGUAGGAAAAAUCAGUCAACGGACGGUCAGUUACUCCUCCGUCCUGCCACUCAUGCCUCUCCUCCGCCCCGCGCCGCCGGCUCCCGCCGCCGCGGUAACCCUCCCCGGCCGCUGCCUCCUUACUUCCCGCAGCCGCCUCGAGUCCCCCUCGACCCCGACGCCCCUCGCCUGCCUCCGCCUUCGCUCCGCCGCCCCGAUCCGCGGCAUCCCGCCGAGGACCGGGUGCCGCGCGGCCGCCGCCAAUGCCGAUGCCGAUGCGGCGGCCCCCCAGGGUCCAGGCGCCGACGGCGGCGCGCGGGUCGCGCUGGUGCGCCUCGGGGAGGCGCUGUCGCUGGGGUUCCCGGUGUGGGUGGCGUCGGCCUGCGCGCUCGCGCUGUGGCGGCCGCCGGCCUUCCUCUGGGUCGGCCCCACAGCGCAGAUGCUUGGCAUCUCCUUCACGAUGCUCGGAAUGGGAAUGACAUUGACUCUGGAUGACCUCAAAACCGCACUAUUGAUGCCUAGGGAGUUAGCUGCUGGAUUUAUACUGCAAUACACGGUGAUGCCACUGUCAGGAUUUUUUGUGAGCAAGCUGUUGAAAUUACCAGCCCAUUAUGCUGCUGGACUGAUUUUAGUGUCAUGUUGCCCUGGAGGUACUGCAAGUAACAUUGUGACCUAUUUAGCAAGGGCAAAUGUUGCUCUUUCGGUGCUGAUGACGGCAGCAAGCACUUUCGCUGCAGCUUUCAUGACUCCUCUCCUGACAUCUAAACUUGCUGGACAAUAUGUCGCCGUAGAUCCAAUGGGACUGUUUGUGUCCACAUCUCAGGUUGUCCUCGCACCUGUCCUGCUGGGUGCUCUACUUAAUCAGUACUGCAAUGGUUUGGUUCAAUUAGUGUCCCCCCUGAUGCCCUUCAUUGCUGUAGCAACAGUAGCUGUUCUAUGUGGCAAUGCUAUUGCCCAGAAUGCUUCAGCUAUCCUAUCAUCUGGGGUGCUAGUAGUUCUAUCUGUUGGUUGCUUGCAUGCAUGUGGCUUUUUCUUCGGCUAUGUUCUUUCUAGAAUACUUGGCCUUGAUAUCUCUUCGGCAAGAACAAUCUCUAUAGAGGUUGGCAUGCAGAACUCUGUGUUGGGCGUAGUCCUUGCAACCAAACAUUUCGGCAAUCCCCUCACGGCAGUUCCAUGUGCUGUUUCGAGCAUCUGCCACUCGGUCUACGGCAGCAUUUUAGCUGGGAUUUGGAGGUCUAUGCCCCCCACCAAGGGAGAAUGAUGUGUUAACAUAGUUAACAAUGUGGAUUUUCUGUUCUCCUGGUGGAUGAAGGAUUAUAGCCUGUUGGAGUAAACAUUGAUGAGACCAGCCAGUGGUUACGCCAUCAGCAGCAGUAGUUUGUCUUUGAUCAGCUGCAGUGAACGCAGCACAGUGGUAUUCAGCUCACCACCAAGCAUUACAAGUGGUGCCCUGAACUUAGUCAGGUGCUUAUUUAGAAUUUUUCUUUUAUGUUCUCGUAAAUGUCGAUGAAUAAGUAUGGUCUCAUUGUACUUGGGAAGUUAGUUGGUGGAUUCACCAUGGUAGUAUGUUUAUUACAUCUGAUCUGAGACUGUUGGUUACCAUCUUAGUGUUAUGCCUUUUUUUUUUGUAAGUGUUACGCCUUUGUUUUGUAAGUGUUACGCCUUGUUAA